GGUAACACCAGUCUGAAUAUGAACCACUAUGCCACUAAGAAGACGGUGGCAGGGAGCAUGUUAGACGUGGCCCUGCUGAUGGCCAACGCUGCCCAGCUGAAGGCCGUCCUGGAGCAGGGGCCAGACUUCAGGUACUACGUCACCGUCCUGGUCCUCAUCGGGUCGUCGCUGCUGUUCCAGGUGCUGGCUGGGGUACUGUUUGUCGCCAUGGCACGUAAGGACCUGAACAACGUGGCCAACCAGAGGAAGCUGGACAUCAUGAACAACGUGGCCACCGGCCUCGUCUUCAUCACCGCCAUCAUCAACAUCUUCAUCACCGCAUUUGGAGUGCAGA